AGCUUCCUCUGGGGUGAGGAUGAGGAGGCUGUGCAUUGUUGUGGGACGGAGACGGGCCGUGGGGUUUGACUUUUUAAUGCAGACAAGGACUGACUGGGAGCCGCUUGACCUGCCCUGAAAAGCCCUGAGCUGCUGCCAGUUUUCACAUCUUAUCAUUACUCUAACGUUUGUUCUUUAAACAGAGCCUGGCAAAAUGACUCUUUCUGUAGCGGAUCUCACCAGAGGACCGAUGACUGAGUUUGAGGAGAAGCUCCGUCAACAGCAUGAAGACUCCAUGCAUCGGGAGCUGGAGGCGCUGCUGGCCACAGCCAACAAAGCUGAAGCAGAGGUCUCCAGAAAAGACUUUGAUGGCUUCAAGAAGCUCUUCCACAGAUUCCUGCAGGUUAAAGGUCCCUCAGUGGACUGGCCCAAGAUAAACCGUCCACCCGAGGAAUCGAUCCAGCCCUACGACAGGAUCAAGGCGAAGGGGCUCCCUGAAAACAUCACUGCCUGCCUCAACAAGCUUGUUGUGGUCAAACUGAACGGAGGUCUGGGAACCAGCAUGGGCUGCAAGGGCCCCAAGAGUCUGAUCAGCGUCCGCAAUGAGAACACCUUCCUGGACUUGACUGUGCAGCAGAUCGAGCAUCUUAACAAAACCUUUAAUGCCGAUGUGCCACUCGUUCUCAUGAACUCUUUCAACACUGAUGAGGACACAAAGAAGAUCCUGCAGAAAUACACACACCAUCGGGUCAAAAUCCACACAUUCAACCAGAGCAGGUAUCCAAGGAUCAACAAGGAAUCUCUGCUGCCGAUUGCUAGGAGCAUGGGCGUGAACGGUGAGAACACAGAGGCCUGGUACCCACCGGGUCACGGAGACAUCUACGCUAGCUUCUGUAACUCUGGUGUGCUGGACAAACUCCUCGCUGAAAGUAGGGAGUACAUCUUUGUUUCCAACAUCGACAACCUGGGAGCCACUGUGGAUCUCUUCAUCCUCCACCACCUGAUGAGCCAGCCAGCCGACAAACGCUGUGAGUUCAUCAUGGAAGUGACAGACAAGACCAGAGCUGACGUCAAGGGUGGAACUCUGAUCCAGUAUGAGGACCAUCUGAGGCUGCUGGAGAUCGCCCAGGUCCCCAAGGCCCACGUGGAUGAGUUCAAGUCCGUCACCAAGUUCAAGAUCUUCAACACCAACAACCUGUGGAUCUCCCUGCCCGCCAUCAAGAGGCUGCAGGAGAAGAACAGCAUGGACCUGGAGAUCAUUGUAAACCCAAAGACAUUAGAUGGUGGUCUGAAUGUUAUCCAGCUGGAGACAGCGGUGGGUGCCGCCAUCAAGAGCUUCAAAAACGCCAUGGGUGUGAACGUCCCCCGCAGCCGCUUCCUCCCAGUCAAGACCUCGUCGGACCUCCUGCUGGUGAUGUCCAACCUGUACAGCCUGGACGCCGGCUCGCUCACCAUGAGCAAGAAAAGGGAGUUUCCCACAACGCCGCAUGUUAAACUGGGCAGCUCCUUCACCAAGGUUCAGGACUUUCUGACCAGGUUUGAAAAUAUCCCAGAUAUGCUGGAGCUGGAUCACCUCACUGUGUCCGGAGACGUGACCUUUGGAAAGAACGUAUCUCUGAAGGGAACCGUCAUCAUCAUCGCCAAUCAUGGAGACAGGAUCGACAUUCCAGCUGGAGCGAUGCUAGAAAACAAGAUCGUCUCAGGAAACCUGAGGAUCCUUGAUCACUGAGGCCUUCUGGGGGAAAAAAGGAACCCGCACAAUCAAAAGAUUUCUGCUGUUUGCAGCUGAAGGGCGAUACUGUUACUGUAUGAUCAGUUUUUCUCAGACAGGAAAUGUGAGUUGUUAAGUCAGAUCAGCCCUCCUCAUGUUCUCUGCAGACACCAGCUCCUCAUCAGGGAACUUGCUGUUACUGCAGAUACUCACUGUAAGAUGUGCUGCAUUUUCUCCUCAAUAAAACUAUUAUAUGGGUGA